UUAUAGUGUAUGUAUAAACACGCAGACAAUUUCGUCGACCCUCAUGUCAUCAUUUAGUUGGUGAACACUACUUAAUCGCGCAUACCGGAUAUAUAAAUACAGGAUAACACUAAUAGCGUUACUUUUAAAAUGAGUGUUAUAGCACAAGUCCAGGAUUUUUACAAUUAUUUAUGCAGUGAUAUAGACCAACGGGUUCGGGAUUGGCCCCUUAUGAGCAGGCCGAUUGAGCCCCUACUGUUAGUGAUCGCGUACCUGCUGUUUGUCGCUUUGGGUCCAAGAUGGAUGGCCACAAGGAAACCGUUCAAGCUUCAAUCCGUUAUAGUCUUCUACAACUUCUUCAUGGUUGCUUUGUGUUCCUACACUGUUCAUGAGUUCCUCGUGUCUGGGUGGUUAUUUGACUAUUCUCUAAGCUGUAACCAAGGCGUCGACUACUCAAACAGUCCAAAAGCUAUACGGAUGGCGGGUGCUGUUUGGCUGUUCUUUAUUGCAAAAUUUAUAGAACUUUUGGACACGGUGUUUUUCAUCUUGCGUAAGAAGACGAAUCAGGUGACAUUCCUGCACGUGUUUCACCAUGGAUGUCUGCCAGUAUUUUGGUGGUGGGGAGUCAAGGCCGUUCCUGGUGGAUUCGGCACUUUUCAUGGUUUUGUGAACUGCUGUGUACAUGUUGUUAUGUAUUUAUACUACGGCAUUUCUGCUCUUGGUCCGGAUUACCAGAAAUACAUUUGGUGGAAGAAAUACGUUACCAAGUUUCAGUUGGCACAGUUCUUCAUAGUGACCAUCCAUAACUCCCAGUAUCUAUUUCGCGAAUGCGCCUACCCAUGGAAAUACGUCGCCUUUAUUCAAGGAUUUACGACCAUUAUAGCAGGAUUGUUUCUCAACUUUUACGUAAAGGCUUACCGGAGAAAGACUCACUCCGCUGUGAGUGAAAAGAACAGGAAUGUGUCAAACGGUCAUUAUAGUAACGGUGAUGCAUACACGCAUGCUAACGGACUCAUUAGCAACGAAAACAUUAUAAAUGGUUACUAUACGACGACACACGCUGAACACAGACAUAAACACUUGGAUUAAGAGUGUGGAUUUACUUAGAACUUAUGUAACAUAAUAUGACAUGUGUAUUAUAAAAGAUAAUAUCGUAAGGUCUGAGGAUAUCGCUAGGAAAUCUUCUACGUGAAGGAUUACCGUAAAGGUCCGCUAUGUUUAACAAGAAUUGCGUUGUUCCAAGCGGUUGCUACAAAAGUUAUAAUUCUGCGCAUGUGCAUGCAAACAGGUAUUUUGCAAACGGAUUCCUUACCAGCAUGCACACAGCGACACAAAACAUAAGAAAAAGGGUUUGUUUUAAAAGUGAUUUAAGUAAAAAAAAUAUGAUCACCUUAUCAAAUUUAUGUUCAGAAACUCGAUAGAGAAAUACAUAUCGAAAAUUCAAGAUUCUCGUGACUAACAAAAUCAAUACGAUUUGUACGUCUAUACAUAUUUUGAAACUGACAACCUGCCAAUUGGGUUAAAAAUUUAACGUUUUAUUUGAACAUCAAGGUGUAAACUGAAGUCCUAGUUUUAUUUAUUCUUCUAUACGUGAUCCCCCCCCCCCGAAAAAAUCAUCAACAACAACAACAAAAAACAAAACAAAAAACGUGUGUUUGUACAACCUCCGUGUAUUGAUCUUAAUCUAAUUGCCUAAUUGUCUUAUCAGAUCUGGGAUCUGAAUAUCCUGCUGAGCAGUUUUAGAGGUUUUAUGAUUGAAAUGGACCCUUAAUGGCCCUGAGCCAAUAAACGAAUAAACAGGAAAUUGGCCCCUACUGUGACAUCACUUCAAUUGGCACAGCAGGGCAUUGCCUUGCCAAACAUUCCUUAAACUAUGUUACUUAAUAGAUUUGUAACUUUAAUUCGCGCAAAAUCAAAACGUCAUACCAGAAUUUCGGCUUUAUUGUCCCCCCCCCCCCCCCCGGUGUUUCCAACUGUGAGUUUAUCAGGAUAUAAACCAUAGUUAUGUUUCGAUAAACCACCAAAAACAAUGAAAUCAAGUGUCAACGUACCCUCAAUUGAAUUCAUUCAUAGCACUGACAUUUUUAAAGUUAAUAUGGACCUAAUACGCUUUAAUAAUAAAGAGAACAGUAUCAUUAUCACAGCGCAUUAUAUAACUGUUUGUACCUGCUAUCAUAUUUCAUAUUUAAACAUUAUUAUUCAUGAUUUUGUUAUAUUCAUAUUUAAUUUUUUCACGACAAUAAAUAUUAAAUACAUCAGCUACAUUCUUGUUGGAAAUAUACACUAAACGAUAUGGUAUAUCCCAAAGUAUGUGGACGGUGAAGAGUAGCAUCGUUUCUGUCAAUGAACAAUAGCUGCUGUCAUUUGUAGUUUUUCUUAUCAAAAAAUAUUGUCCCAGAAUGUAUCAGACAUAAUGCCAUGCAUUAUUAUUAUUCAUUUUUGAGGGUUGUACAAGGUGUUCACGGAAUUUUUGUGUUUCAAAAUGUUUAAAAAAUGAUACAAAUGAAGUUCAGUGCAAUACAAACCGACGUUAGAAGUUGUAUGUUUUUCAUCAAAUGCCCUAUUUAAAUAUCUUGUGAC